AUGGCCGAAUCAGCGCAGAUUGAAGCUGCUGACGAAGAAGCGGAAAUCCGAUUUUUUUUGUUCGUGUUCGUGAUUGUCAAGGAAUGCGCGACGGAGGCAUGCAAAAGCAGGAGCGAAGCAGCGAGUCACAGGGGCCCUGAUGCCGUAAGCGGCUUUCUUCUUGCGAUUUGA